CAUCGGACGGGGCCAACCCUGCGAGAACACAUCCGGCUACUUAGCUCCCCUAGCUAGCCGCUUAGCUACGCCGGCUAAGCCGCUCCACUUCUGCCCUCCCCCCCGCUUGACUCGUCGGGCACCGAGCCUCGCAGCGACUUUAGCAGAGCUGCCAGGCUGUUUGUUGUUGUUGUUGUUGGUUUGUUUGUUUCAGCCUCACGGCUUCCGCGGGCAAGCCGACGACAAUCCCCGCAGCUCGGACGGUGCAGCCGGCUCAUGGUGUUCGUGGUGGCCGCAGAGAAGGUGUGGGGUGACGAGCAGAAGGACUUUGACUGCAACACCCGCCAGCCUGGCUGUCAGAACGUGUGCUAUGACCACUUCUACCCCAUCUCCUACACCCGGCUGUGGGCCCUCCAGCUGAUCUUCGUCACCUGUCCGUCUCUUCUGGUGGUGCUGCACGUGGCCUACCGGGAUGCCCGCGAGCGCAAGCACCAGCUGAAGUAUGGCGAAAACUGUGCUCCCCUCUACGACAACACGGGGAAGAAGCGCGGGGGGCUCUGGUGGACCUACUUCCUCACCCUGCUGUUCAAGAUUGUGGUGGAGGCUGUGUUCAUCUUUCUCCUGUUCUACAUCUACGAGGCCACCUUCUUUCCACCAUUGGUGAAAUGCACAGAGGACCCAUGUCCCAACGUAGUGGACUGCUACAUCGCCAGGCCCACGGAGAAGAAGAUCUUCACCGUGUUCAUGGUGGUGACCAGCUUCGUGUGCAUCCUCCUCACAAUCUGUGAGGUCUUCUAUCUGUUAGGGAAGAGGUGCUGGGAGUGCUCCGGUAGAAGCCACCGCAAGUCUGCACGCAAGAAUACUUUCGUCAUGCCAAUGAUCCCUCUGGCCGGGAAGGAGAACUCAGUUUUCGGAGAGCCGGGUUUGGAGAAGACGAAGGCGGUCGACGGCAAGGGACCAGCCGUGAAAGAGAGCACUGCCCCGGCAUACAGUGCGGUUGUGUCCUAAAAGACUUGUCAUCACCCCGUGAAAGUUUGACUUGGAAAGAAUAGGACUGGUUUGGAGAACCAAGUUUAAAGAAAUAAAAACUCUUUCAUCGUUUGACAGUAAUUGUUUACAAAGUCUAUGUCAGACACAGCACAGAGAAGUUUUACACUGAAACCGUGUUCACUGAUUUUGGGUCAUUUAACAUUAUUAAGACGAAAACAUGACAGAGGCUUCUUGUGUGCUUGUGAUUUGAAGAAAUUAGUAUAUGUUCUUUGAUUUUACUGGAAAUAUAGGAUUAUUUUGUUAUAUUUUGCUGUACUAUCACAGUGCUUAAAAAUAAAAGUUGUUUUUUUUCCACUAACAAGGUGUAACGGUGUUGCAGAAUAAGGUAUAAAUCAGGACUGGAAAUAAGGCUCGUAGCUUUAUUUCGUUAAAGGUGGUGUUGGAAGCAUCCCCCAAUGACACUGUACAGGAGAAGCCAUUGAGUCGUGACGCCCCCCCCCCCCAAACAUAAGUGGUACCAUCCCCAGCAAUUAACAGUACCACUGGUACUACCAUCCCCCUAUUAUCCCUGUUGGGUACUACCAUCCCCCUAUUAUCCCUGUUGGGAGGAUUCACUGAUUGCUUUGUAU